UUUUGAUAAAAGAUUUCGAAAGUUUUUUCAGAUUUAUGUGUAUUAUAAUAAUUGGAAUUUUCAUAUUUUUCAUAAAAUCUAUGCUAGAAUUUAGAGAUUAUGCUCAUAAAAACAAUAUUUAUGUAAUUCCCUUAUCAUACAAUUUGAUUUCUGUUUUUGCUGCUAUAUUAUUUAGUUUUAUAAAAAGAUUUAUUAGUAAAGUUUUUCAUACGUUUGUAAUGGAAAAAUUAAAUGAUAAAUAUGUAGGAGUUUAAAGAGAAUUGAGGGCUAAAAAAAUACUAAAAUGGACAUAUGAUACGUUAUAUUAUUCAACCACAACAGCUUUUAGUUUUUGGGCAUUUAAAGAUGCUGA